AUGGAUUCCGCGAUCGACCCUCGAAUCAUCGCUUUCGCCGGCCCUCCACCCCCUGACGUCGACCUCACUGCCAACACUGCAGCCUCCGACAGAGCCGCUAUAAUCAGUGUAUUAUUACUCGCCCUGAUCGCCAUCGCACUUCGAUUUACCGCUAGAAAUAUCCAGCAGACCAAGAUACACUGGGAUGACUGGUUCGAGUGGUUGACAAUGGACAAGGCGCUGGUGGGAGGGACUGCAGGCUUAGCCAUAGCAGGUGGCCAUUACGGUGCAGGUAAGCAUAUAUGGGCCGUCGACCUGAGCAACCUGCAACAAAUCUACAAGAUACUUUUCGGAUACACAUUUUUGUACUCUGCAUCCUGUGCCGUCAUCAAGAUCUCGAUCCUCCUCUUCUACAGCCGCAUUUUCCUCUCCACGGAGCGUCUCUUCCCCCUUUCCAUGAAGUUCGGGUACUUUCUUUCCAUAUCGUAUCCCAUAGUGGUCUGGGUCACCAUGGGUAACGUCUGUAGACCAUUGAACCAUUUUUGGACUCAGUUCGCGGGCACAGAGGGGACCUGCAUUGACAUCAAUACGUUCUUUCUCGCCCUUGGUAUCAUCAACAUGAUCAACGACUUUUAUAUCCUGCUUAUCCCUAUACCGCAUAUCUUUCGGCUACAAAUGUCACUGAGGAAGAGGAUCGGCAUUGCUGGCAUUCUUAUGCUAGGUGGUUUCGUCUGCGCUGCUAGCGCCGUACGCAUCCACUUCCUCACCGAGCUUUCUAAGACCGAGGACGUCACGAGAGCCAUGGGGCCCGUCUUCAUCUGGUCCGACCUCGAACCGUGUAUCGCAAUUGUAUCCGCAUGUCUUCCGCACCUUGCACCGUUGCGACAUAUAGUUCGGGACAAAAUCUCUUCAACGUUCGGCAGCCAAGAUGCAAAAGGAACAGGGAAUGGGUCCAAGCAGUGGAAGAGCGCUACGUCGAACUCAAUGGGGCCUUUGUUCACGUAUGGAGGGUCUAAGUAUUUUGGCGGAAGCGAUAAGCUUAGGCUUGGAGACCAUGAUGAUGAGGUUGAGUUGACCAACCGGAUAACGGGUGACUCGGCUGUAGGCCACGCAGCCUCCACAAACUCGAGCUCAGGGGAGAACGUCGACAAACAAGGUAUCCAUGUCCAUAAGAGUUAUACACAGCAAACAGAGCAAAGAUGA